AUGUGGGCACUUGUUCUUAUCAUCAUUACUCUCCUGACUACUACGGUCCAUGUUCGUGGAGUAAACAAUCAUGCACGUGACAGUAGCAUUGAACGACAAACUCCUCGCGGGAUGACUCGUGAAUCUCACAUCCGAUCUAUCAUCGACUAUUGGACUCCAGAACGGAUGGCCUUGGCUCAUUCGAUGGAUCUCUUAAUAGUCAACAGCUCGAAUGUUCUGAAAACAAUUGCAGAGAAACCUCGACAACGAGCUGCGAUUCGUCGAUCCGUGCCCGGUACACUUGUGGGCGGCUCCUCUCAGUCGAGAUCAUCGACUCUUCCAUCGGCUGUUGGCAAAUUUUUCUUUGAAAUGAAUCACGCAGAUUAUGUAUGUUCCGCUUCGGUGGUCAUUGCUGACAAUCAAGACAUGCUGCUCACGGCAGGCCACUGCGUCUAUGAUUUUGAUACGCAGUCGUGGGGCGAAAAUUUCAUUUUUGUACCACGCUACACAAGUGGUUCACGUCCUCUAGGUUCGUGGGUAUGGCGUAAGGUUGCAACUCUCAAUGGGUGGAGACAAUAUGAGGACUAUGACUAUGAUGUGGCCGUCGUAUUGGUCGAAACCAAUAGUAAUGGAGAACACAUUGACGAGUUUACAGGAUCUUUAGGGAUGACCUCCAACUGGAAGAAACACGCUUUUGUGAAUGUUUUUGGCUACCCUGUGCGCAUAAAUAAUGGUCAAACUAUGAGCAUGUGUACUGGUACGACUUCAGCCUCGGCACUGAAUGGCUUUAAUGGUGUGGAACUUCCCUGUCGUUUGGGAGGUGGAUCAUCUGGCGGUCCUUGGAUUCAAGAGUAUGACACGGGUAAGCGCAAUGGCUAUCAAACAUCAGUCGUCAGCUUCGGUUUUGGCGAUAGGCCCAAUAUUAGUUUUGCGCCUUAUUUCGGCGAUUCUAUAUGGAACUUCUACCAAAAGUAUCAAAAUCAGUAG